GCCAAGCGCCGCGUGCCAGACUUUCCACGCCGCCUCCCCGACCAGGGUCAGCAGCACCACCAGCCCCGCUAGCGCCGCCCAGCUCUCUCUCGGCGGCUGGACGCGGCGGGCUCGGCUGCGCCUUAACUUUACCCCGGCGCGGGGCGGGCUUUGGCUACUUUGGCGGGAGAGGCGGAGUGGGGGGUACGGAGCCGCCCGGCGGCAGGUGCGGGUCUCUUCUGGCGGGGGCGGGGCCGCUUCGCCGGGCUCCUCGGAGCGGGCUCGCGAGCGCCUUUGUGUCGUGAGGGGAGAAAGGAAGAAGCCAGAGCCGGGAGACUACAGCGGAGCAGCAGCCACUGAGCAGCGGGCGCCGAGCUUUAAAUGAGCAUUCACACCGCGCGGGGAGAGCAGCGCGGGCUGGCUCGGACGGAGCGCGUGUGGAGGCAGCGAGCGCGUCCCCUCGGCUCCAGCAGAUCAAUACGGACACCUAUUACAAGAUACCUGUUUGGAUUUUAACACACUCAAGCAUCACCUCCACUGAUAUUUUAACAACCCCAUCAAGCUUUGGUUGGGUAGUCAACAGCCGCAAAGCUGCUGUCCACGUGGACUGGUGCUGACAUUUCUCGUCCAGCUGCGAGAGCCUCUCCAUCUAAACCUAGAGACAUGGCAACAAAUGGAACAAAAGUAGCUGACGGACAAAUCUCCACAGAACUCAGCGAUGCCUCAAUCACCAAUGACAAGCCUAAGACGCUGGUGGUCAAGGUGCAGAAGAAAAAAGGAGAUAUUCCAGACAGAGACACCUGGAAGGGGAAAUUUGACUUUCUUAUGUCCUGUGUUGGCUAUGCGAUUGGCUUAGGAAAUGUUUGGCGGUUUCCAUACCUUUGUGGAAAAAAUGGAGGAGGAGCAUUCCUGAUUCCAUAUUUCCUUACUUUAAUUUUUGCUGGAGUUCCCCUGUUUCUUUUGGAAUGUUCACUUGGGCAAUACACAUCCAUAGGAGGUCUUGGAGUUUGGAAGCUUGCUCCAAUGUUCAAAGGUGUGGGAUUAGCUGCUGCUGUCCUGUCCUUCUGGCUUAAUAUUUACUACAUUGUGAUUAUUUCCUGGGCCAUAUAUUACUUAUACAACUCUUUCACCACAAAUCUUCCAUGGAGACACUGUAACAACCCCUGGAACACAGACCACUGUUUCUCAAAUUAUAGUAUAGCAAAUACCACCAACAUGACAAGUGCUGUUUUGGAAUUCUGGGAACGUAACAUGCACCAAAUGACAGAUGGAUUGGAAAAACCAGGCCAGAUCCGUUGGCCAUUAGCAAUUACUCUAGCAAUUGCCUGGAUUUUAGUGUAUUUCUGCAUCUGGAAGGGGGUAGGCUGGACAGGAAAGGUAGUGUACUUCUCUGCCACGUAUCCAUACAUCAUGUUGAUUAUCUUGUUCUUCCGUGGAGUAACAUUACCUGGAGCAAGAGAAGGCAUUUUAUUCUAUGUAACUCCUAAAUUUGAGAAGCUCUCCGACUCUGAGGUAUGGCUAGAUGCUGCCACACAGAUCUUUUUCUCCUAUGGUCUGGGUCUUGGCUCAUUGAUUGCUCUUGGAAGUUACAACCCUUUCAACAACAAUGUUUACAGGGAUUCCAUCAUAGUGUGCUGCAUAAAUUCUUGCACAAGCAUGUUUGCUGGUUUUGUUAUCUUCUCCAUUGUUGGAUUCAUGGCUCAUGUCACCAAACGUCCUAUUGAAGAAGUUGCAAAAUCAGGUCCUGGGCUUGCAUUUUUAGCCUAUCCAGAAGCAGUAACACAACUUCCUGUCUCACCUUUGUGGGCAAUACUGUUCUUCUCCAUGUUGCUUAUGCUUGGAAUUGACAGUCAGUUCUGUACUGUUGAAGGAUUCAUAACAGCACUAGUGGAUGAAUUUCCAAGACUAUUACGCAGUCGGAGAGAAAUUUUUAUUGCUUGUGUGUGUGUCGUUUCCUAUCUGAUAGGACUGUCGAAUAUUACUCAGGGUGGACUAUAUGUGUUCAAGCUUUUCGACUAUUAUUCUGCAAGUGGAAUGAGUCUCUUGUUUCUUGUGUUCUUUGAGUGUAUCUCCAUAUCCUGGUGCUAUGGUGUAAACAGAUUUUACGACAAUAUCCAGGAGAUGGUUGGCUAUAGGCCCUGCAUCUGGUGGAAGCUCUGCUGGUCUUUCUUUACUCCAAUCAUUGUGGCAGGUGUGUUUAUCUUCAGUGCCGUGCAAAUGACUCCUCUCACUUUGGGCGAUUACGUAUUCCCGGCAUGGGGCCAAGGUGUUGGCUGGUUUAUGGCUCUAUCAUCCAUGGUGCUGAUUCCAGGCUACAUGGCAUACAUGUUCCUUACAUUAAAAGGCUCCUUGAAACAGCGAAUCCAGGUAAUGAUUCAGCCAAGUGAAGACAUUACUCAUCCUGAAAACGGACCUGAACAAGCCCAGCAGAGCAACUCUGCAAACAAAGAAGCAUAUAUAUAGUGUGGGUCAUUGAAAUGAUACAAAGCUUCCUUUAGGGGGGCAAAAAAAAAGAAAAGAAAAACCAUACACAAAUGAAACAUGGUUGAAUAUGACCACAAAUUUAUUUCUGAGAAUAAAAUUACCUACCUCUAGUGGCACAAAAGACCAUCACCACUAUAAGGGAAGCAAUGUGGAUACGAUCAAACCAUUUUGUGGGCUUAGUUGUUGACAAUGUUUUGUGUUUCCUGGCAAUCCAUAGACUGUUAACAUUUUUAUUCUCUUUCAGUAAGAGCUGGAUAUCUUUGGGAAUUUAUAAAGACAUGUAGGCCAUUUUUAAUCUACCUUUUAACACAACAAUUUGAAGUUUUGUGCAGCUGAUUUUUAUUAAUAUAUUUCAUACUGUUUGAAUCCCAAGACUGUUAUUUCUGAGAACAGUUAAAACAGAAAGCUGUUUUGUAUUCACCAGCAAAGUAUUUUUUACCAAGAAAAUUUACCAGUGAAAAUACUGCCCUUAAAAAUGUUGACCAACUUUAUUCUGGAGUUGGUUUUUCUAAUUUUCGUGGAAAUCUUCUCAUAUACUACAAUAUACUGAAUCAUUCAUAUACAAAUGCCAUUAACAAGCUAUUUUGGGAUAUACAGUACAGACUAAAUUGCACCACUCCCUAACCGAACCUAUUGAGAUGCCAGCAUUUAAUGUAUUAUUUUAUAGCAAUAUAUCUUUUAGAAUAUUUUCCA